CUCUUCUCUUCCUCCUCGUCCGCCGUUGCUGUCUGUCUGCCUCCUCCUCCGCCGCCUAGCUGCUUACCUGCUUCCACCGCAACAAGCAGAGUGCGAGCAAAGACAGAAAACCAUGGGCGCCCUGUUGCUCUUCGCCGUCUGCCUGCUGGCGCCGAUCGUGCUGGCCUGCGCCGUCCGUGGCAGGAAGCGGCGGGCCGCCGCGCCGGCGCCGGCGCCGGCGUGCGGCAAGAAGGCGCUGCCGCUACCGCCGGGGUCGAUGGGGUGGCCGUACGUGGGCGAGACGCUGCAGCUCUACUCGUCCAAGAACCCCAACGUGUUCUUCGCCCGGAAGCAGAACCGGUACGGGCCGAUCUUCAGGACCCACAUCCUGGGCUGCCCCUGCGUGAUGGUGUCCAGCCCCGAGGCGGCGCGCUUCGUGCUCGUCACGCAGGCUCACCUCUUCAAGCCCACCUUCCCGGCGAGCAAGGAGCGCAUGCUGGGCCCGCAGGCCAUCUUCUUCCAGCAGGGCGACUACCACGCCCGCCUCCGCCGCCUCGUCUCCCGGGCUUUCUCCCCCCAGGCCAUCCGCGCCUCCGUGCCGGCUGUCGAGGCCGUCGCGCUGCGCUCGCUCCGCUCCUGGGACGGCCGCCUCGUCAACACCUUCCAAGAGAUGAAGCUGUACGCGCUGAAUGUGGCAUUGCUGUCCAUCUUCGGCGAGGAGGAGAUGCGGUACAUCGAGGAGCUGAAGCAGUGCUACCUGACGCUGGAGAAGGGGUACAACUCGAUGCCGGUGAACCUGCCGGGCACCCUGUUCCACAAGGCCAUGAAGGCCCGCAAGCGGCUGAGCGCCAUCGUGGCCCACAUCAUCGAGGCCCGGCGCGAGCGGCCGCGGCCGCGCGGGAGCGACCUCCUGGCCUCCUUCCUGGACGGCCGCGAGGCGCUCACCGACGCCCAGAUCUCCGACAACGUGAUCGGCGUCAUGUUCGCCGCCCGCGACACCACCGCCAGCGUGCUCACCUGGAUGGUCAAGUUCCUCGGCGACCACCCGGCGGUCCUCAAGGCGGUCAUCGAGGAGCAGCAGGAGAUCGCUCGGUCCAAGGGCUCCUCCGGCGACGAACCCCUGACGUGGGCGGACACCAGGCGGAUGCGCGUGACGAGCCGUGCGAUCCAGGAGACGAUGCGGGUGGCGUCCAUCCUGUCCUUCACCUUCCGGGAGGCCGUGGAGGACGUGGAGUACCAAGGGUACCUGAUCCCCAAGGGCUGGAAGGUGUUGCCCCUGUUCCGGAACAUCCACCACAGCCCCGACCACUUCCCCUGCCCGGACAAGUUCGACCCCUCCCGAUUCGAGGUUGCUCCCAAGCCCAACACGUUCAUGCCGUUCGGCAACGGGACCCACUCGUGCCCGGGGAACGAGCUCGCCAAGCUGGAGAUGCUCGUGCUCUUCCACCACCUCGUCACCAAAUACAGGUGGUCCACCUCCAAGUCCGAGAGCGGCGUGCAGUUCGGCCCCUUCGCGCUGCCGCUCAACGGCCUGCCCAUGACCUUCGCUCGCAAGGACUGAUCGAGGAGCCACUGCACGGCCAUGGAUGGUGGUAUAUGCUAGCACUACACUACUAGUAAUACCCAGGAACGCGAAAAACCGCUUCCCGGCAGCGUUGCGGCGGCGGCCAUCGGACGGGACAGGGAAGGUGACGGUGACGGGCAUCAGGCGAGCGGGCAUGGGCCAUGGGAUCGAUGAUCAGAGAAAGAAAGAUUACGCAGCUCCUUGUACAGAUUCUUCCUCAGCUAGUAGGGCCGGAUCCCAAGAAGCCGGAAGAGGAGACCAAACACAAAAUUAGGCAUAGCCGCUUAGGUGCUACUCACUCUAAGCUACUAGUACUCCAGUAGGCAAGCAUCAGAUCACCCAGCUGCGCUACAAACAAGUGGCGUUUAAUUGUAAAACCAAACCAUUUUUUUUCUCUAUCUUCUUCUUCUUCUUUUUCCCUCCCCUUUAGAUUUUUUUUAUAAGCCAGCCAGAUAGUGGCACCCAUAGGAGAGAAGAACACAAGGAAACCAUAAAAGAAAGAGAGGGAGGCCCUGAUUGGGAUUCUAAUUGUAAGCUAGCUAGGUUGCCCACCUGAAAGCAGGCUGGCAGCUAGGUCGAGUAACCCACGGAUGGAUGGAUUGGAAUGGAAUGGAUGUAUCGCCGGAGUCAAACGGGAACCACGUCGUCGUCUUCCCGCAGCUCUUGCGUUUGUUUCGUCC